AUGCCACGGAACCCUUGCCAUGGACAACCAAUAGUUGUGGUGGAUCCCUCAGCACUGAACCCGCCAGUGGACCCACCACCAGCAGAGAUCGUGUGCGUAUUCAUUGCAUCAGCGACAGCAUGCGAUGAUAACUACUCAGGAGCCGCAUGCGCUGCAUUGUUUGGUACUGCAGUUGUUGCGGGAGGAACAACGGACAGAGACGCGUUGUGUUUGACGGACGCUGAUGUAAAAGAAAUUGCUAUCUCGAGCUGUCCGAAACACUGCGGCUUCUGUUGUAUGACACCUGAGUACCAAUGCUCAAACGUGGACUUCCCAAGAGUGAGGUGCUCGACUAUAACUCCGGCUCAGUGCAGAGAUCCAACAUGGAGAACGAUCAUUGCCGAAGACUGUCCGAAUGUUUGCGGUUUCUGCCUCGAAGGUGGAUGCGUCGAUGCAGUGAUCGAAUGCGAGAACGAUCCCUCAAUCUGCAGAAAUGUCGACAUGCAGAACUUCGUUAGGACGAAUUGCAUGAGAACUUGUGGCUACUGUUCAUCAUCAUCGACUGUUGCGGGAAGCGUCACCACAGUUGCGAGCGGAACUGGCUGCAGCACUGCUGUUGAUGCCCAUCCUUCAUGCGCCAACUGGGUAAGGAAUGGAUUCUGCAACAGUGCCUUCUACACUGCCGCAGAUAAAAGGACGCACUGUGCUAGAUCCUGCAAUCUCUGCUAA